GGAGGUCUUGUUGGUGUUUAUACGGCACGCGCGUGCACACAUGACCUAUAUCACCAUACGGAGGUCCCCAGAUGACCAAAUCCGCCGCAAAACAUCUGUCCAGCUGCUCAUGAAGCCGAAGGUAGGUUGUGCUCUGUCAUUCCCGGAGGGUCCGCCAGGUUUUUCCCGCACGACGGAAAUAAACACGGAACCUUCCUCGCUGUCGCUGUCGGUUUCCACCUCGGUGUGUUUAAACGCACGAGGACACGUUUGUGAUGAAGAUCAGGAUCAGAAACACGACAUUUCUUCAUUUCAACGUGGGAAAACAGAUGCAUGUCAAAGCGAUUACUGAAGGAACGCUGCAUUUAGGAACAGGACGAUUUCAGAUCACAGAUAACAUGAGGAACAUUUGUGAAUGCGUUCUGUUUGAAUUAGACUAAGAUAUCAGGAUCUUAUGUGUUGAUUCGGAUUUUUUUUAAUGCACCGAGUUUACUUGAUGCUGGAUUACGGAGUCGGGGCGUCUAAGUGGACGGUGCGCAUGCGCAGAUGGCCAACGCAAGUGACCCCGGUGAAAGCAACAAGCCCUCGCUUCAGGACUAUGUCAUCACUGCCUCUGCUGUGAAACUGGCCUCUCUGGGUCUCAUUGUAGGGGUCAGCUUGUUGGGAAACAUGCUGAUCUCACUGUUGGUGAUUAAGGAUCGUUCUGUUCACAAAGCACCGUAUUAUUUUCUGGUUGAUUUGUGCUUGGGUGACGUUGCAAGAUCGGCCUCGUGCUUCCCAUUCAUGAUGGCUUCUGUGGCACGUGGCUCGAAGUGGGCUUACGGAGCUAUGAGCUGCAAAGCUGUGGCUUUUCUGUCUGCUCUGUUCUGUUUCCAUGCUGCCUUCAUGUUGCUCGGUGUGAGUGUCACGCGCUAUAUGGCGAUCGCACACCAUCGAUUCUAUGCCAAACGCGUGACGCUGUGGACGUGUGCUGCCGUCAUUGGUGUUUCGUGGAUUUUAGCAGCAGCCAUGGCCCUGCCACCUGUGUUUGACAUGAACACGUACAGAUUUAUGCAUGAGGAGGAGCAGUGCAUGUUUGAGCAGCGCUACGCAAGGGCCAACGACACCCUAGGAUUCACUCUGAUGUUGGCUGUGGUAGUGGGAGCCACACACGCAGUGUAUGUCAAGAUGCUCUGCUUUGUCUAUGACCACCGCAAGAUGAAGCCAGCCCAGUUAAUCCCAGCUGUCAGCCACAACUGGACUUUUCAUGGACCUGGAGCCACAGGUCAAGCAGCUGCUAACUGGAUUGCUGGAUUUGGACGUGGCCCAACACCUCCCACUCUAGUGGGCAUCAGGCAGGUAGCACACAGUGCCAACAGAAGGCUGCUUGUCCUGGAUGAGUUCAAGAUGGAAAAGCGAAUUGGAAAAAUGUACUACAUGAUAACGCUGACUUUCCUGCUGCUCUGGGCACCGUAUAUUGUCUUGUGCUAUGCGCAAGUAUUGGUGAAGGAUAGUGGCAUGCCACGGGCAUACGUGAGUGCUGCAGUCUGGCUCACUUUUGCUCAGGCAGCAGCCAAUCCACUUAUUUGCUUUGUUUUUAACAAGGAGCUCAGGACACGAUGCCGAGCCUGCUUCCCUUGCUGCUUGACUACACCUACACAAACACCCAUGGAGCCAUAUUGUGUGAUCUAAAGAAAGUGUCUGGUCUAUAUUUACCUUCUAUUGAAAGAUACUUCAUAAGAACAAAACUGAGCUGACACAAACAGAAGUCGAUUAAACGUGGGGUAAAUCAUUACAGCAUGGGCCAUUAUAGGACGAACACCAACAAACAGGUGGUGUGAUGCUUUUUCACCGUUUGCAAGAAGCAAACCAAAAUAGGAUUUGUAAAUGCAGAAAGAAACAAAGCAUGGUUUACUGAUGAAAAAUAAAAUUCCUAAAUACACACAAUUCGGAUGAUUUUACAUUUAUGGUU